AUGCUCCUUCCUUCUUCUUUCCCGUCAAUCAGAUCAACCUCCAAUUCAAAACAGCUGUACCGUCGCUUUCUUCAGCAUUUACAAUUGAUUCCAGAUCCACAUAUAUGGUCGAUACUCAUUCCUCGGUAUAAAAAGCUCCUGCUAUCAUCUGGUAGGAACUUAUUGACUGCCGAAGAAUUGAAAACUUUGCAAAUCGAGCAAGAUAUUGUACCCCCGUCUGAAAGUUCCAAAGCAGCUUUGGAGAGAGCAAGAAGAUGGAAGAGGGAUAAAGCACUGAAGAAGGCUGAAAAGGAACUGGAACGUCUUCGAGCAGCCGUGGCUUGUCACCCUCAUGCUUUGACUAGACUAAUUGAGGAAACAUAUGGACAAAGAGGUGUCAUGAGAUGGGAUCUGCUUCGUAAAAUCUCCGCUCGAUACUCUGUAGAUCCCCUUAUAGAUUCGCUCCCCCCACCUCUGCUUCCUUUCCGACCGCCAGCCGCAGCGCCAUCAGAAGCACAACCUCGCGCUAGGAAAAUUGUUCCCGCUUGCAGGAUCAGAACAGAGCUCAAAAGGUCUGUAGAGAGGGACUGGCAUCAUGUGAAACCCCCUAUCGUUCUUCCUGUUUCUCGAAACACUCAAGAUGAAGAAUCAGAGACGGCUCCUGCGACAACAGGAUGGGAACGAAGUGGGAUUAUCCAUAAUUUGCGUAUUCUUUCCGGAAUCGAUCAAGCUGGGGUCUCACAACUAGAUAAGCUAACACUGCUUGAUCUCUCUUUUCUCAAACCGUCCAUUCGGAGGCUUUUCCCUAUCAAAUGUGGCCGACGACUUCAAGAAUCCCCUUUGCUCCCACCUAGACCUAAAGCAACCAGACAGAAUCCUCAUAUAUGGGGAUUACCCCGCCGACUUGACUCUCGGCUUUUUCAAAGAACUUACAAGCGGUUCUGGGAUGGACUAGUCUGGGCACGUCCCAUAAAUGUAGAAACAGCGGAAGAGCGAUGGAAACAAUGCUCUUAUGAGGAAUUCCAAGAUUGGCAAGAUGGCAAGGUCAUAGAUCAACCCGUAGCCGAGUUGGGACAGUUGAAAAGGCCAAAGAAGCACAAAAUAUCUACAGUCAACGAAAGUGGACAUCUUCAGCUCGACAAAUGGAGCAGAGCUACAAACAAUGACAAGAAGUGGUUGUCUCUCAACCAAACCAUGGAUUUUGUAUACCCAUAA